AGCCUUGCCGAACCCAACAGAGAUGAGGCAUUGGCUGUAGAUGCACAUCAAGAGAUUGAUUUGAAAGUUGGAGUUGCAUUUACCUGUUUCCAGACUAGUUAUUUCAAUGGGAAAUAUGGCAAUCUUGAUGCAAGGGUUAUCUCGUAAAUUCUCUCCACUUUUUCCUAUUGUUUGCCUAUCACACUGUACCUUUAUUAUUUUAACUGAACUUUUGCUUUAUGUUGUUGUAUUAGACAAAGCAUGAUACAGUCUUUAGGCUUCUUUUUUUUUUUUUUUUUUUUUCUCUGUCUUCUUUGCUGUGGUUGUUUACUAUCUGUCUAGUCUUCAAUUGUACUUAAAUGUUAUGUACUGGUGGAUAAGUUCUUUCUAAAAACGAUGAGAAAAUGACAAAAAAUGAUCCCUUAUAUUUGGGAUAGGUUUAAGGAAGCCCUUUAAAUAUAUUGAUGAGCAAUUUUGCUCUUUAAGUUUUGCCAAAAUUGAGCACUUUUAGUCUCCGUCAAAUAUUUAACAAAUUCUGGCAGUUAGAUUUAACAAAAACUUGUAAAAUAAAAAUAUUUACCAGAAACACUAGGAAAAUCCCGUCAAAUCGCCAGAACUGCACCAUGCUGUAGAAAUAGGCCAAAAAUAGCAAAAAUUGCACCUCCACAUGUGAGUUUCUCUUUAAAUCCUUUUUUAUUUCACGGUUACGGUCAAAUCUAACAGCUGGAGUCGAUAAAUAUUUCAGAAACCAAAAGUGCUCAAUUUUGGCGAACUUAAAGGACCAAAACUGCUCAUGGAUACAUUUAAGAGAUUUUUUUUUUUUAUCUGCCCAGGCAUAAGGGACAAUUUUUAUUAUUUUCUCUAUAAACAAGUUUUUUCCGUCUGAGUUAUGACUUGCUAUAAUAUGGCCAUUCUUCAACUGUCUUAGAAAAUUGCUUUUAUAUGUCAAUUUUCUUGUCUUGCCCUUUCUUCUUUUCUUCUACAAAUUACUCUUUACCAUCAUAUUAUCAAAAUUAUAACAAGUCCGAAUGGAACACAUUUCCUAUUUAUAAUUUCAGCUAUGGGCCAUGUCAAACUCCUACGCUUGGGUUCUGCGUGGAUCGAUACCUGCAAAUCACUAUGUUCAAGCCAGAAAAGUUUUGGAUGCUGCAUCCUUACAUAAUGUACAAGGGGUAUGAACUCAAAUUAGAAUGGGACCGAAACAGGUUGUUCGAUGCUGAUGUUGCCGCAAUGUUCCGGAAUAUAAUAAUGGAGGAUGGUACUAUGAGAGUUGUUCGUGUAUCAGAAAAGCAGGAAUCCAAAGGUCGUCCUUCUGGUCUAAACACAGUAAAUCUUCUGAAGGUAGCUUCAAGUGCACUGGGCUUUGGUCCCCAGUUGACUAUGCAAUUGGCUGAGCGUUUGUACACUCAAGGUUUUAUCAGCUAUCCACGUACAGAAAGCACAGCAUAUCCUUCUUCUUUUGACUUCAGAGGAACACUGGGAGCAUUGGUGCAUAAUCCUGUAUUUGGGAAUUACGCGCAAAAGCUUUUAACUGAAAGUUAUAAUAAACCAAAGGCAGGAACUGAUGCAGGCGAUCAUCCUCCAAUAACUCCGAUGCGUUCAGCUAGUGAGGAUAGUUUGGGGAAUGAUGCAUGGAAACUUUAUCAGUACAUCUGCCAGCAUUUUCUGGGAACUCUCUCUCCAGAUUGCAAAUAUAGAAGGAUAAAAAUUGAAUUUGAAAGUGGUGGAGAGCAAUUUCAGUGCGUUGGGCAGCUUGCCACAGUCAAAGGAUUCACCUCUAUUAUGCCAUGGCUGGCUAUUAGUGAGAAGAAUCUUCCUGAGUUUGCUGUAGGAGAGAAAAUCAAGAUUUCUAAAGUUGAACUAGAUGAGGGGAAUACUUCGCCUCCAGAUUACCUCAGCGAAAGUGAGCUGAUCUCUUUGAUGGAGAAACACGGUAUUGGAACAGAUGCGUCAAUCUCUGUGCAUAUUAACAACAUAUGCGAACGCAACUAUGUCCAGGUACAAGCUGGGCGACGAUUGGUUCCAACUCCUCUGGGUAUCAGCUUGAUAAGAGGGUACCAAUGCAUAGAUUCUGAUCUCUGUUUGCCUGACAUUCGGAGCUUCAUUGGGCACCAGAUUACUUUGGUAGCUAAAGGUCAAGCAGAUCAUUCAAUGGUUGUGCAGCACGUACUAGAACAAUUCAAAAGGAAGUUCAGUUAUUUUGUUGAGCAGAUUGAAAACAUGGACGCAUUAUUUGAAGCACAAUUUUCUCCACUCUCCGACUCUGGACGUCUACUCAGCAAAUGUGGCAAAUGCUUGCGAUAUAUGAAAUACAUAUCUACUCAGCCAGCUCGACUGUACUGUGGUACAUGUGAGGAAGUUUAUUACGUACCUCAGAAGGGUACAGUCAAGCUGUACAAGGAGCUUACUUGCCCGCUUGAUAAUUUCGAGCUGUUACUAUGUAGCAUGCCUGGUCCAGAAGGCAAGUCAUUCCCGCUCUGUCCUUAUUGCUACAACUGUCCCCCGUUUGAAGGCAUCGAUACACUUUUUGGCGCUCCAAAAACUGGAGAUUCUUCCAAGUUGGGAAAGGGAGUUGGAAUGCCUUGCUUCCUCUGUCCACACACGACAUGCCCGCAUUCCGUGAUUGCACAAGGCGUUUGUGCCUGCCCGGAAUGCAGCGGUACACUUGUUCUCGACCCAGUCAGCGCUCCAAAAUGGAGGCUUUAUUGCAACAUGUGCAAUUGCCUUGUUUCCUUGCCUGAAGGUGCUCAUCGGAUUUCUACCACUCAGGAUAAGUGUCCGGAAUGCGACUCAACUAUCAUAGAAGUCGAUUUUAACAAGAAAACGACGCCCUUAAAAGAUGGUGCUACACUCCAUAAGGGAUGUAUUCUUUGCGACGAGCUGCUGCAUUCUCUCGUGGAAAUGAAACAUGGAAGAUCGUUUUCUAGGCAUGGAAGGAGAGGACGAGGUAGAGGAAGGGGAAGAGGACGGGGCAACAGCAAACAACAAGACCCUAAAAUGAGUUUCCGAGAUUUCUAAAGUGUCGUUUGAUAAUUUUACUAGAAUUCUUGUAUUAUGAUUUUGAUUUUCCUUAUAAAAUUUGUUAAGUGGAGAUCAUUUUGUAGAGCUGACCCCCUUACUUGUUUAGGACCGAGGUAGUUGGAGAUUAUUUUGUAGAACUAGGAGCAUAUGUUGUUUUUCAAAAGAAA